AUGUGUCGUAUGUUCGGAGUACUGUCGCUUGCCUACCUGGCUGUAUUUUUAUUGACAGUGGUGCGUUGUGAUGAGUUAAAUAGUUCUAAGGAUUUUCUUAAUAAAGAUACAGGAGUCGGCCGUACUUUUGGUCACAAUGCGUUGAAGAGAUUGUCAUUCAUCUUCCUACCAGUAAUGUUUACACUUGGUGUUAUAUCAACACUUCUGAUGUCGCUAGCAGUGAUAUCCGUCAAGAAUCUUGCUAUUGGGGUUGUUCUACUUAUAGUAGCUGUCAGUCAGGCUGUAUCAAGAUUGUUUGCUGGUGCAGUACCAGCUCCGGCGCCGUUAGUUUUCCACCCUCGAGCUGAACUCCUGCCAGCCCCAGCUCCCGCGCCUUGGCCCGUCAACGGCCCCCUCCUCUCACCUUGGGCCAGAUCAGACAACGACGCUACAAUAUCCGAUUAA